AUCCAGAAUGGCUGAGAAGAAACCAUCCCGAGGGCAACCAUGGCUGCUGUUACUGAUUGUUGCUGUUGCCUUCAUUCACUUAGUUGUGUGCCCAUUUACAAAAGUAGAGGAGAGCUUUAAUCUUCAAGCCAUACAUGACAUUUUGUAUGAAAAGCUGGAAUUAGAUAAGUAUGAUCAUCAUGAAUUUCCUGGAGUUGUCCCAAGAACAUUCCUUGGUCCAAUUUUUAUUGCUCUUCUUUCCAGUCCAGCCAUCUAUAUAUUGUCCCUUUUACAAAUGUCAAAAUUCUACUCCCAGCUGAUAGUCCGAGGAACCUUAGGCUUGACUGUGAUUUAUACCUUAUGGCGGCUACACAAAGAAGUGAGAAAGCAGUUUGGUUUUACUGUAUCCCUGAUUUUCUGCCUAAUAUCAGUUACUCAAUUCCACCUGAUGUUUUACUGCACUCGUACCCUCCCCAACAUAUUUGCACUUCCUGUUGUUUUACUAGCAGUUACAUCUUGGAUGCAACAAAAGCACCGCCUGUUUAUUUGGUUCUCGGCUUUGGCAAUCAUUGUCUUCAGAGCAGAGCUUUGCAUAUUCCUGGGCCUUAUGCUGCUGAUAACUCUAUUUAAUAAAAAACUCUCCAUUACAAAAAUGCUUUUCUAUGCUGUUCCUGCAGGGGCUUUUUGGUUAGGACUCACAGUGACUCUGGAUUCUGUGUUUUGGAAGCAGCUCUUGUGGCCUGAGGGAAAGGUACUUUGGUAUAACGUUGUCUUAAAUAAAAGCUCCAACUGGGGAACCUCGCCUUUCUUGUGGUAUUUUUACUCUGCCUUGCCUCGGGCUCUGGGUUGCAGUAUUGUAUUUCUACCACUAGGAACAAUAGACCGAAGAUGUUGGAUGUUACUUCUACCUUCACUUGGUUUUAUUUCCUUGUAUUCCUUCCUUCCACACAAAGAGCUGCGGUUUAUAAUAUACACAAUUCCAGUUUUGAAUAUAGUGGCUGCCAAAGGCUGCUCACGAAUUCUAAACAAUUACAAGAAAUCAUGGUUAUACAAAUUAGGCACUCUGUUUGUUAUAGCACACAUUUUCGCUAAUGCUGCUUACUCAGGAGCAUCACUCUAUGUGUCCCACUUCAAUUACCCUGGAGGAGUUGCUAUGCAAAAACUACACCAGCUGGUACCUCCAACAGCAGAUGUUUCUGUCCACAUUGAUGGGGCUGCGGCACAGACUGGUGUUUCUCGAUUUUUAGAAGUCAACUUGGAUUGGAAAUAUGACAAAAGGGAAGACCUCAAACCAGGCGACCCACUUAUGUUCUUAUAUACACAUGUACUUAUGGAGAUGAAUUCAGCUCAACUGUCACAUUACAAGACAACUCACAAAGUCCUUGUGCAUAUUCCUGGCACCAGUGGAAUUGGGUUGAAUUUUACGGCACUGCCCCCUAUUACUUUAAAUUUGAAAACCAAACUAGUAUUGUUGGAAAAGCUCCCUGUUUCUUUUGGAAAAUAAAUGUUAACAAGUUUGAAAUAGUUUUUCCUAGAGUGAUU